AUGGCAGUGAGAAAUGAUCUGAGCGAAACCAUCAGGAGGAUAGCACGGUUUUUUUACUGGUUUCCUAAAUCAUUGAGCACUUCGAGGAGAAGGACAGUAAAACUUGUCUGGAAAUCUCCUGAUUGUAGGUACACCUGCCAUGCUCACUGCCAAGACCUGGUGCACCUGGGCUGCCGGCGGAAUGGAAAAUUAAUGGACUGCCUCGCUCCACAUGACACCUUAGAUUCAUUUUACAGCAGCGGUCAGGAUGCUCAGAAGGAGAGAGAACCUCAUGUUUAUCUCAGUAAAGAAGAAGUUAAAGAGAAGAUACAAAGCUAUAACUCAUCUGUCACUGAUAAAUUAAAGAUGACCUUGAACGCGAAUGGGAUUUACACUGGCUUCAUCAAAGUCCAGAUGGAACUAUGCAGACCUAUCACUGUGCAGUCCUCCCAGAGCCAGGGGAGGUGUGCUCCCAGCAAUCAGGAAACUGCUUUUUACCUGCCUGAUGGCUGCGUGAACACCCUUCACAUCAGCAGCACCAACACUGUUCGGGAAGUUAUCGAGGCCUUGCUCAAGAAGUUCUUUGUGGCUGACAACCCUGCGAAGUUUGCACUUUAUAAACGCUGUCACAAGGAAGAUCAAGUUUAUACAUGCAAGCUGUCAGACAGAGAACAUCCCCUCUACCUGCGCUUGGUGGCAGGCCCCAAAACAGAAAUGCUCAGUUUUGUUCUACGUGAGCAUGAAACUGGAGAAGUCAUGUGGGAAGCUUUUAGCAUUCCUGAACUGCAGAACUUCUUGCGCAUACUGGACAAAGAGGAAAAUGACCAACUGCAGAUCUUGAAGAACCGCUACGCAGCUUACAGGGGCAAACUUGAAGAAGCCCUUCGUGGGGUGUUGAAACCUGGUUAAAAGGGGGCCAAAGGACACUCAGGAAAACGCACGCUACCAAUGUCAAUAGAGCAUGCCAAACCCAAUGUACAAAG